GCGCGCCCUCCCUCGGCCGGCGGAGCUUGUUGUUCGGCGGCGGCGGCCGCGGCUCGGGUCCCCCUCGGGCGCCCCCGCCGCCGUCCGCGCGCGGCCAUGGAGCUGGAGGUGCCGGACGAGGCGGAGAGCGCCGAGGCGGGGGCCGUGCCCUCGGAGGCGGCGUGGGCGGCGGAGAGCGGGGCUGCGGCAGGUUUAGCUCAGAAGAAGGCAGCCCCGGCAGAGGCCCUGUCCAUGACAGCACAGCCGGGCCCUGGCCACGGGAAGAAGUUGGGCCAUCGAGGUGUGGACGCGUCCGGUGAAACCACCUACAAGAAGACCACCUCCUCCACCCUGAAGGGCGCCAUCCAGCUGGGCAUCGGCUACACCGUGGGGCACCUGAGCUCCAAGCCCGAGCGGGACGUGCUCAUGCAGGACUUCUACGUGGUGGAGAGCAUCUUCUUCCCCAGUGAAGGCAGCAACCUCACCCCCGCCCACCACUUCCAGGACUUCCGCUUUAAGACCUAUGCACCUGUCGCCUUCCGCUACUUCCGGGAGCUCUUCGGGAUCCGGCCAGACGAUUACUUGUACUCCCUGUGCAACGAGCCGCUGAUCGAGCUGUCCAACCCGGGCGCCAGCGGCUCCCUCUUCUACGUCACCAGCGACGACGAGUUCAUCAUCAAGACCGUUAUGCACAAGGAGGCCGAGUUCCUGCAGAAGCUGCUCCCUGGAUACUACAUGAACCUCAACCAGAACCCGCGGACGCUGCUGCCCAAGUUCUACGGGCUGUACUGCGUGCAGUCGGGGGGCAAGAACAUCCGCGUGGUGGUCAUGAAUAACAUCCUGCCACGCGUGGUCAAGAUGCACCUCAAGUUUGACCUCAAGGGCUCCACCUAUAAGCGGCGUGCCAGCAGGAAGGAGAAGGAGAAGAGCUUCCCCACCUACAAGGACCUGGACUUCAUGCAGGACAUGCCCGAGGGGCUCCUGCUGGACGCCGACACCUUCAGCGCCCUGGUGAAGACGCUGCAGCGGGACUGCCUGGUGCUGGAGAGUUUCAAGAUCAUGGACUACAGCCUGCUGCUGGGCGUGCACAACAUCGACCAGCACGAGCGCGAGCGGCAGGCGCGGGGCGCGCAGAGCACCGCGGACGAGAAGCGGCCCGCGGGCCAGAAGGCGCUCUACUCCACAGCCAUGGAGUCCAUCCAGGGCGGCGCCGCGCGCGGGGAGGCCAUCGAGUCGGAUGACACGAUGGGCGGGAUCCCUGCCGUGAAUGGCCGCGGGGAGCGGCUCCUGCUGCACAUCGGCAUCAUCGACAUCCUGCAGUCGUACAGGUUCAUCAAGAAGCUGGAGCACACCUGGAAGGCCCUCGUCCAUGAUGGGGACACCGUGUCCGUCCACCGCCCCAGCUUCUAUGCCGAGCGCUUUUUCAAGUUCAUGAGCAACACGGUCUUUCGGAAGAACUCCUCCCUGAAGUCCUCACCCUCCAAGAAGGGGCGCGGUGGAGCCUUGCUGGCCGUCAAACCCCUGGGGCCCACAGCCGCCUUCUCGGCCAGCCAGAUCCCCAGUGAGCGGGAGGAGGCCCAGUAUGAUCUUCGGGGGGCCCGCAGCUACCCCACGCUGGAGGACGAAGGCCGGCCUGACCUCCUGCCCUGCACGCCACCUUCUUUUGAAGAAGCCACUACAGCCUCCAUUGCCACGACUCUAUCAUCCACAUCCCUCUCCAUUCCUGAGCGGUCCCCCUCGGAGACGUCGGAGCAGCCCCGGUACAGGCGGCGCACACAGUCCUCUGGACAGGAUGGCAGGCCACAGGAAGAGCCACCCACGGAAGACAGCCUGCAGCAGAUUACGGUGCAGGUGGAGCCCACGUGCAGCGUGGAGAUCGUGGUCCCCAAAGAGGAAGACUCAGGGGUGGAGGCUUCCCCGGCCGGUGCCUCUGCUGCGGUGGAAGCAGAAACUGCCAGCCAGGCCUCGGACGAGGAGGGCGCGCCCGCCAGCCAGGCCUCAGACGAGGAGGACACACCCGCUACUGACAUCUACUUUUUCACGGAUGGGAGGUACUGGAUUUACUCUCCCCGCCAUCGCCGACUGCGGGCCGUGACCUUGAGCGCCUCGGGGACUCCCACCGAUGAGAGGAGCUGGGUGUACUCCCCGCUCCACUAUAGCACGCAGGCCCCCCCGGCCUCCGACGGCGAGAGCGACACAUAAUUUCUAUGCAGUCCCCGACCCAGCGCCGAGCACCGCUUCCGCUCCGGCCGCCCCCAGAGGCGCCGCCCACCCCGCUGAGGCCCGGAGCUCGGGAGACGCCCGCCUCGCCGCCCACCGGACCUCGUCCUCCCCCUGCACGGAUGCCGACGGUCAGGCCCCUUCCCCCGUCGGCGGCCUGCCCCCGCGAGACCGGCCCUCCCGAGCGGCAAAUCGCGUUUGAGUCCUUGCUCUGCACAGAGACGGAAGCGCGUGUUCGCUUUUAGGAAAAGAACAAAACAGACACACACACGAAACAGACAAAGAAGAACCCCAUCCACUGCACUCCUUGGUUCUUUGCUGUGCCUGCAUGUGUCCUGAGGGAGCCAGGCUGUUCCCAGUGGCCUCUGGGGACCUGAGCCCCAGGGACCCCAUGGGCCUGCCAAGGGUAUGGUCCCACCCACUCCGCCUCCAUCUAGCUGGGAAGCGGACCCUCCCACCCUCAGCUCGGGUUUGGGGGCCUCAAUGCAGGACAUGUGACCUGAGUGUCAGCUGUGGGAACAGCCCUCACCCUGCCGAGCACUGUGGCCGCUCAGCAUCUGUGCUCCCGCCACAGUGGGGCCCUGGCGCCCACCUCCCAGGUGCCCCUCGAGCAAGAACCUCCAGCACCUCCAAUCCAGAGCACCGCAUCUGGAGGGCCAGGCCUCCUCUUGCCCCGGCCGCCACCCCCUCGGGCGGAGCUUAGGGCUCGGGAUUCGUCCUUCGUUUCUGAUGGCGGCUACCGAGCAACUGCGAUGGAGGGUACGGCGACAGAGACACUUUCUUCCAGGCUGGACAGAGCGGGAGGCCGGGCCUUGGGACACAGGACACCAGCUUAGGGCGGAAGAUCGGGCUCCCGGCCCCCUCCGCCUGGAGGCAUGGGCUAGCGGCGCAGGCCGGGCUCCGCAGGCAUCGCCUUCAGGACUGGCCUGGUGUCCCCUGCCUUUCUUGUUUGAGUGAUGUGAUGUCUCCGAGGAGAGGAGAGAAGACUGUUUCUGGCUUGUGACUCUCCAGCAGGGCAGCGAUCCCAGCGUUGGGACCGAGCCCAGACCGGUCUGGGCAGCUUCCUGGGCCCGCAGCGCUUAGAGGUGCUGGUCAGAGCCCAGAGCUGGGCAGCUGCCCACCCUGCUCUUCCCUAGGACCCUUGAGAGGGGCUUGUUGGUGAUGGGCGUAGGGAUUCCCCACUGCCGAGACGUGCCCAGGAUGGGAGGAGCUGGGGUGGCCCAGAGCAGAAGCCGCACCUUCAGGAAAAAUGCUUCUCCCGCCCUGGCAGAGCCGGGUGUGGGGUCUGAGGUGGCCAGAGAACCUCCCAGGCAGGGGUCUGUGUUUUGUCUAUGGCAAGCUCCGUGCGACACGGUGCCACCUGCUGUUCCCAUCACGUUGGCCUCCCUCGCAGCCCACGCACUGUGCCUGCAGAGAAGCCGGCCCCUCCCCAAGGCCCCCAGUGAGGGUACACUCCACACAAGCCAGCCCUCGAGUCUCUGCCCAGGAGAGGGGACGACCCUCCACGGGAACCAGCUACCCGCGUGGCUCCCAGCACCCAUCAGGACAAGCCAAUGUAGGGUCCUCCCUGCCUGCUCAGAGGGUCUGUCCAGCCCUGGGAAGUGACCUUGGCCCCAGUUCACAGCCUGGUGCCCGUCUGCUGGUACCAGCCGCCCACCAAUCAGCCCCCGCCUUAUGCCUCCAAAGGACACCCAGUGGGCACCCCAGGGAGGUUGGGGGCAUAGGUCAGAAGGGGUGUCUGGGACCUGGAUGACCAAGGGGGACAGGGGCGUCAUCAUCUCAAAGGCCCGCAUCCCCGGAGGCCACACUGAGCCUCCCAGGGAGUCCUCAAGUCCCUCUGCCCAGAGCCCUGGCACCAGAGACGUCAGGAGCCUGUGGGGGUGACUCUGAGCAGCAGGUGUGGCCCCGCACCACGUCCAGGGUGGCCUCCCUCUGCUGAGUGAGUCACGUGACACCAGUGCCCGGCCGACGCACACUUGCCGGAGAAAUUUGCAAACCUCUGUGGCUAUCUUGACAUUUCUAUUUUCGUGUUGUCUCCAAGACUCCUUUGGAGACUGACUUCGUGUUGGUUGCGUUGUUUGGUUCCUUCUCAGAGAACUGUAAACCGAGGCUGACGUGCUCCACUGACUGUGCCGAGGGGCAGGGCGGGAGGACGGCAAGACCUAUUUAUAAUAGUUAGCGAACUCGGCCUCCCUCAGACCCCGAGAGAGAGGCCCUGGACCCACCCCGCUGCCCCCCAUGAUGGAAGUCUGUAAAUACCUUGGUGACCAAUGCCCACUUCCCCUCCUGGCUCACCUCUAAGGGCUGCUGUCCACUGAGAAUGUGGACAGUGUCCGAAUUCCUGUACUGUAAAGACUAAAAGGUGUUUCCUCUGAGACUGACAAGGUGGAAACUUCCAUGUGUCCCCUGCCAGGCUCCGUCCCCCUCAGCCAUCCCGACAUGUCCCCGUUCCCCUGACACCUGGCUCAGUGCAAUACUCCCAUGGCCGUGGGGUCCUUCACCAUGGUACUGUCUCCACAGCCCCUCAGUCCCCACCCCAGGACAGGCGCCCGCCAUCUCCUUCCCCUCCUCUGGCGGCUCAGUUGCUCUGCCUGUCUCCACCCCAGUCCCAUUUUUAUGGCCGAACUGAUUCCGAAACAAAAUUAAACUGCAAACCUCGCGUGUCUUAACUGCCCCGGGGUUCUGCUCCAUUGCUCCGCCCCGUGGUCUGGUGCGUGACAAUCCGAAGCGCUGCGCCUUGUGGCAGAGAUGAGGGUGCUGUGUCCCUCAAACCCAGAGCCGUGGGCGCCUCUGAAACCAUACAGCCACUCCUGGCCCCAGACAACACUGGUAUGCAGCCCAGAUCCCCUGCCCCACCCAUCCCUGCCACACCCCCUCUUUUUAUGUCAAAGAGAUCUCUAAUAAAUCGGGUAAUAAGCA